GACGUCAUUCAACGCGACUCAAACUUCGGGAAGUCAGGCUGUCGUCCGUUUUGAAAGAAAGCUGUUCAUGAUGCUGAACGACAGUGAAUUCGCAACGCUGAGAAACAGAUUCCAAAAAAAUGCUGAGUUACUCAUGCAGGGGAAAGCUUCGUCGCCCGACGAAGACAAGGAGUGUCCAGGAGAAAAAGAUGUCAGACCUCUCCCUCCAAUCAACAAGCACUCCGUUUUCUGGGUUGUGGCAGCUAUAAGUGUCACCUACUAUGUGGAUUUCUUUCAAAACAUCUUUGUGAAUGAUAACAUUAAGAGUUGGUGGUUUAAUGUGAGCCUGCUGCUCCUUGGAAUUUGCCUGUGUCUGGCCACGUUUUGUAUCGUGUACCUGGAGUGGUUCAGAGGAAUCGUGCACUAUGACCAAGAGUACCCUGCAAUCCCUCCCAUCACCACUGCUGCGUUUAUUGCGGCAUCGUGCAGUUUGAACAUUGCUCUAUGGCCGGUUUGGUCCUUCGUCACUCCGCUCAUCCUCUUCACGCAGUUCAUGGGCGUGGUCAUGCUGAUUUCUAUGCUUGGAUGAGCGUGUGACAGGUAACAAUUUUUUAUUUCGAACCGCAAUGACAAAUCACAAUGACAGUUUUUGUUGCUGAUGUUUUCCAGGCCAUUUUGUCUUCAGAUUUUGCAUCUUUACUUUGUUUGACAUCUCAUCUCGCAAAACUACAGUUCGCGCCGAAAUUAAGCCCCUACCCCAAACCCCCCACUUCUCAUUGU